CUCGAUAAACCCUCUUCCACUCUCUCUUCUUCCUCUCUCUCCCAUCUCAUCCGGCCCCCUCAAUUCCGCGCACGCCGAAUCGCAAACGAUCGACACUCCCUAUCCGACUAUGGGAGGACUACUGCUGCUGCUCUUGCUGAGCACGGUCAUGGCCUUGGCGUCCUUCUUCGCCGGCUCACUACCACUCGCAAUCAGCCUCACACAGUCGCAACUCCGAUUGAUAUCCAGCGUGGGCGUCGGUAUUUUGGUUGGAACAUCCAUGAUUGUGAUUAUACCCGAGGGCAUCGAAGCCGUCACAACCACCGGCGGGCACUCGCACAGCAAGAGGAGUUUGGUGGAUACGGCUGGAAAGCAAGGGAGCCCGGCUAUUCGGUGGAUGACAGACGGAGAUAUAUCUCAGUUGGCAGGUAUCACCAAGUCUGCGCGGACUAUUGAAGAAGAGCUUCAAGCCAUUGGCCGUGAUGUGGAAUACACUGCAAAGCUGCAUGGUCGGGAGGAGCAAGAUGAGCAUGGCCACGAGCAACCUCCGGCACCCGGCCCCGGCCCCGAACCUCACCACGACGAGCAAAGGCACGACAAUGAGGUACCGACCUUCUACAUCGGCCUGUCCAUGAUCCUCGGUUUCGUCCUCAUGUACCUGAUCGACAGACUGCCCCGCCACGCAGCAGGUGGCAAUGGAUCCGAGCCGCAGAUGCGUCACGUCAGCUUGGAUAACCUAGGCGUUUCAUCAAGCGUUGGCGAUGAGGAAACGGAAGGCUUCCUCGGUUCUCUUGCACCUCCACCAAAGCAAUCCAGAAGCCUAGCUACCACCAUCGGGUUGGUGAUCCACGCCGCAGCGGACGGCAUCGCAAUGGGCGCGUCCACGUCCACGUCAAAUACCAAGUUGGGGCUUAUAAUAUUCGUUGCCAUCAUGGUUCACAAGGCGCCAGCGGCAUUUGGCCUGACAUCGGUACUUCUGAAGCAGGGUUUGUCCAAAAGAACGGCUAGAGGACACCUCAUCGUUUUCAGCCUGGCUGCUCCCUUUGGAGCUCUUAGUACGUGGGCCAUCAUUCGAAUCUUGGGCGGUGGAAAUUUUGAGGGCGAAUCUGGUCAGUGGUGGACGGGUAUGCUUCUACUCUUCUCCGCAGGAACAUUUCUGUUUGUUGCGAUGCAUGCCAUGCAGGAAGACAGCGGUUCUCCAAAGCACGAACACGGUGGCAUGAACGGCUAUGCUGACGGAAAUGGUGCACAAAGGGGCCAGCAGAGGCCGCAGAUGCGUGAUACUUUUGCGACAGUCGCUGGCAUGCUCCUGCCGCUUCUUACCCAGUUUGGACAUCACCACUGAACAAUUGCCUGCGCAAUGGACAAAGGAGUCUUGUUUUUUCGAGAUGAAAAAGGUGCAAUGCUGGGGGUUUUUUGUACGAGUAAAUCGUGGCACCCAAAACCGAAGGGGCCCAGGUCCUUCUGACACAUGACGAUGAUGAUUGUAUAGACUUCCAUAACUUUGAGUUCGUCUCUGAUUCUGGAGGGAAUAAGUCCAGAUGAUGUAUUUUAGGAAUCUGUACUAUUAGAUCGACCAGAGGCGCUUUCGAAUGUCUAUAGAACGC